GACUUAAAUUUGUUAUCGAGAUUCAUAAAGACCACAUAUUGAAUACAGACUAAAUAAAUACUGCUCGAUUUUUUAUAGAUAAUCGAAAAAAUGUCCACCACGUUUACGGCUGAACAAUUAGCCCACUUCAACGGGGAAGGUGACACUCCCAUUUACAUUUCCCUCAAAGGCAUAAUCUACGAUUGCUCCACUGGAGAAAUCUUUUAUGGUGAGAAUAAACCCUAUCAUUCUUUUGCUGGGAAGGAGAUUACACGUUGCCUUGCUAAGAUGCUAGUCAGCAGUACUGAGGCGAACAGUGGGUGGAGCAAUCUGUCAGAAAAACAUAUCUUGACACUAAAUACGUGGGUGGAAAAGUACGAAUCUAAGUAUCCCAUUGUUGGAACAUUUCAACCAGAUCCAGACUUCGAGAGUCGUGGAAAGAAAUUUGAUCCUUGAAAAUCAGUGCUUAAGUAAAUGUUAUCGUAUAUCUUUAGGUGAAGAUUCAUAUUGUGCCUAAAGUACCUAUGGAUUUCUUUUAUUAUUUUUUUUAAAUUAUUGUAUGUUUUAUUAUUGUUGUUUUGCAUUGUAAUGCAUAUUCUUUAUUCAGCCAUAAUGUUUUUAUCCAACUAAUAAAUUUACAACAUCUGUAUUAA